AUUGCGUUUCAAGUGUAAGCGGACACGGCGUACAGAACAACUCUGAUGGUCAAGUAACAUUAGCGGCUACUUCGCAGAUAUAACCUAUGACUUGUCACAGCAUGGCACACGAUGUUAAAACCGCAAUCCAGAGAGCGAAACAUAAAAUUUCGAGCUUGGAGAAUGAGCUGUGUGCCAAAAGGGAGAGCUGCUCAGAAGGCGAGGAAGAAAACCAGCAGAUGCCAUGGAAGCUCAAACAAGAGCUGAAGGAUUCACUUGUUGAUAUGUACAAAGCUAAUCCCAAAGUCAAUGAGGAACUGAAACAAAGGCUGCCGUCCCCUAUAAAGCGCCAUUGUUCAGAGACCACACCACAACCUGGGUUCUGUGGCCUGGGCUCCAGCCCAGAUAUCUCUCAAGCUACGUUGGAAACAGCGGCUCCGGAGAAAAAGCUGAAAGGUCCCGACUCUCCCAGGGCUAGAGAAGACCCAGUGAGUGGACCGUCUCUGCCACCACCACCACCCCUACCAGCCCCAGCUAGAAAUAUCGAGGAGGUGAUGCUGUCCCCCCAAAGUGCCCCCACACAGCACAGUCUGGACGGAGAGGAGACGGACAACAGGGCUGUCAGCAAAUCACCCCGCCUGACAUCUGAGCCAACAGGACCCAGAAUCACAGAUGAGGGCAAUGGGACUUCCAAAGUUAGUCAUGACACAAAAAAGCAAGUCCCAUUUCUGGAUAAAGAGAAGAACAUUGUGUUCCUGUUGAAAGAACUGGACUCGCUCCGAGACCUCAAUAAGAAGCUCCAGGAAAAGCUGGCCCUGAAGGAGAAGGAGCUCGAGACUAUGCGAUUGGACAGCCAGCUUCAGGAAGACAAACUUGGGGCCCAUGCCUGUGAGAGAGCUGCAGCAUUAGUGGAGGAGAUUUAUAAAGCUCAGAGGGAAAGGGACCAGGCUGUCAUGGCCAGACUGCGGCUAGCUAAUGAGGAACGGGAUGAGGCUCUUCUCCGAGCCAAGAAGCUUCAAGAGGCAGCACUUGAGCUGGAGAAUAUUAACCCAGAGGAAACUGACAUGGACCUGGAGGAGUUGCUCAACAGGGUGAGCAGUGCGGAUUCUGCCUUGAGCAUUGAGCAGAGUGGUAUGGCCAUCAUGGAGCGCAUUCAGAGGGCUAGGGAGCGCCGCUCUAAGAUCACCUCUGAGGAGAUGAAAGCUGUCAUAGAGGAGCGAGACAAUGCCUUAACCAGGUGCAAGCGCCUGGAGCAAGAACUUCUUCACACCAGAGAGCUGAGCCAGGCCAACACCCGUCACUUGAACAUGGCAAACUAUCAGGAAAGAGUGCGAAAGAUUCAGUCAGAACUGGAGGCUGUACAGAGAGAGAGGGAUAUUGCUGUAGAACUUGGGCACAAACUGGAAGAGGAGCUCCAGGUCAUGCGCAGGUGCCACAGUGCACAGCAAGGCCAAACAGAUGAGUCCAGUAAGAAGGACACUCCAUGCUUGUCCUCUUCCACCUGUGUUAAGGAAAGCAGCACAGCCCAAGGACAGAAUCUGCAGAGCCGUGUGCAGAAUCUCACCUCAGAGCUACAGAGCACUCAGACUCAACUCCGAGUGGCACAGGAGUCAGAAAGAGAGGCCACUGAAAAAGUGCACAAGUUGGAACGGUUGGUAGACGUCUUGAGGAAGAAGGUGGGCACAGGCAGUGUCCGUACUGUGAUCUGACUGGCCAAUGGGUGACUGGAACAGACGGCCACAUCUGGUGACCAGGCUGCUGUGUUUAACUCUGAGCAAACAACUGAAGCCCUUCCUGGGCAAACACGGGCUGGAAGUGCUGCUUGCUCUCACCCUCAGCCCUUCACUCUCUUCUUAUAACCUCCAUACUCACUUUCUCACUGUAACUGUCUCUGAUUGAUGCUACUCCAACCAGACAUUUUAUCCCAACCAUGUCUGUGAACUGUCUUUUUUUUUUUUUUUUUUUAAAUAUAUUGAUUUGAGCAAUGUGUUAGUUUCAAGAAUCAGGGUGAAUUUAAUGGACACAUAUAGUCAGAUAUUUAACGGGGAUAAACAUCCCUAAUGAGACAAAAUGUAAAAUGUUUAGCUGUUUUGUAUAUUAGAUGGUUUAAAGACAAAUAUCAGAUUUAUCAGGCAAAUGUUGGAUAUUUUCAGCAGCAUAAAUAAAGGGACCUUGAUUUUCAAGAUUAUCCUUAAUUAAACAAGAAAAAAAAACAGCUGACAAAUAAGAAAAUAUUAUAUAAGACUCUAGACUCUAUUAUAUAAGAUUUUUUUUUUUUUUUUGCCUGUCAUUUCCCCCCAGCCAGAAAUAUUAAUAUAUUUUGAAUGCAUCAGUUUUAAGUAUAUGAUGCAGCUUUGUGCUGUUAAAUUUUAGCCAGAGGAGAAGAUUAUCGGCAUUAUCUCUGAAUAUGAUAACAGAUUUACUGCCGCUAUCACCACAGGUUUUCUUUAGCAACUAAACUCUGUCUGCCUCUGAUAGUGAACAUCCGCAAUUUUUUUUUCAUUAGCUGACAUAAUCUAUUUUAAAUUAAAAUGGAUGCCAAAUAUUUUUUUUAUUUAAUCCGUGUGAUAUAAGAUGAAUUUUAAGUUUCUUUAAAUAGACAUAACUAAUGCGAUUAAUGGCGAUUAUGAUUUUCUUGCUGUCUUUUUUAAAGUUUUUUCUCCCGUUCAUUUAUAUCCCAGACAACAAUAAUGCUCCUCCACUAAUAAUAAUAAUAAUAAUAAUUCCUAUUAUUAUUAUUAUUAUUAUUAUUAUUAUUAUUAUUAUUAUUAUUAUACUGACACCACGUGAUGUGAAAAGUAAGGAAAUUAUUUUUAUUUAACAAAUUUCUAUUCUCACGAAUACAAAUAAACUCACGCUUACUUAAAAGCCAUCAAAUGACUGAGUUCUCUUAUAGACAGACAUGGCACCGGUGAUGCGCAUCUGAAGCCGUGUCACUGAUUCGUCUUCAUUAGACCAGGUCAUUAUAAUAACCUACUGAAGAUGAUUUAAAAAAAAAAAAAAAGAAGCUAAAAGUUCAUUCAUUUCAUCCAAAAAAAACCCCCCAAAAAUCUGGCAAACAGAUUUUCUCUUUUUUUUUGCAUGUAAAAAUGUAAGCAGAGCAAAGAGAUCCCUUGACUCCUGCCUAAAACUGAUUACUAAACAAUAAUACCAAGAUGGUUUACAUUGCUGAUAUUGACGGGAUGCCCCUCGUGAGCUCUCGCCAGUCCUCCCCAUUCUUCACCUGAGGUGUCCAGUGUCGCAGGGGCCCGUGUGUAUUUUUGAGCAUGAUCGAUUAUGUCCUCAGAAACAUGUUGCAUGGUCUGUGUGACAGAAUAAAGAGAGGAGGAAGUGUGGAGCUCCUGUUCAUCUGGCGCUGGGACGCGCUUGGAGAUUCUCGCGGUCUCGCGGUUACCUUGGAGAUGCCACAACCCGGAUCUCACACAUCCUUCACACACAGCUCUCCCUCUUUCUCUCUCUCUCAUUAAACUGUCUUAAACUUUUCGUGAGCAGAAAGUUAGAACAAUGUCAUCUUUCUUUUGCGUGCACAUUGCAGUGAUGUUAGAUAUGAGCACAGUCUUUUACACGCCGGUGUUGUGUCUCAGUGCGGAGGCUCGCGCCCGUGUUUAUUGAGGUGGAACUAAAGGCAAUCCCGAUUAUCCUCCCUAAAAUCGGUAGUAUGAUGACCGGACUACAAAACAAGUUUUUAUACGCUUUAAUUAAAACCGUGUUUCGACAGCCCAUGCUGAAUGACCCUCAGAGAAAAGAGUGACUGAUCCCGUUGCUAUAACGACACGAAAUAUUUCAAGCCUUUCUCUUUUUUAAUCCCACCUCUUCUUUUCAGUCACACAUUGCAGGUCACUUAUAGUCUGCUAUCCAUUACCUGAAAUUAAAAACACUGGCUUACCUGCACUGAGACAAGCAAAUCAGCAAAUAUGAUUUUAUUUAAUUUUUUUAAUUUAUUUUCUAAGUCAUUAGUUGGUGGUGCGCAAAGAAGUGAUGACUGUCAGUGAUGCUCUGUCAGCUUUUCUGCUAAAGCCCGUAUAGGCCUGAUGAACCUCGGGGGUCAUUUAUCUCAAUGCAUUUUCUAAUUUGUCUUACACACGCUGUUGGUCAUUUUUCCAUAUAAGCUUACAGAAAUAAAACAAUCUACGACUUAAAUGUCGCUUUUUAAAAAAAUAAAUUAUGCCAUUUCAGUGUUGUUUGUGAAUUUCAGUUGGGUUAAUGAGCACAGAAUAGACAGAUCUUAUGAACGCCAGCGAGAAGACCACCAACCUGACAUGGCUGAUGCAUAUUAGGGGGCCACAAAGCCCUAAUAAACUUCUCCCGUAUAAAAUGUAAUGGAAAACCAGCUGCUUCUAAAGCUGAUUUCGGAUAGGAUCUCUCCCUCUUCUCCCUCGCCCUUUGAAAGCUUCUUUCAUUUGUGUGUGAUUCUGGAGGGGUAAUGCUUUGCUCUUUUCGUUGGCCAAGCACAAUUGUGUUAUUGGAGAUAAUUAAUUCAAUCCCCAUCAAAAGGUAUUAGAAGCGCCUUGGCCCUGUAGUGGCUUUCUAAACUAAGAAUGAAAAGACGGAGAAGAAAGGUCUACGGGUAGACCCGCUGAUGGCCGCUUCUGAAGUAAAGGGCCCUGCGCAUUGUCGCCCAAAUUUUUGUCCAUAAGGCUCAAGAAAGCUCCACAGCUUUUGAUGGGGGAACGAAAAAUGCCACAUGAGUUGGAAAACAAGACUCUACUGAACUCUCCGUCAUGAACACUGCCCGCUGAUAACAUAUGUUACGCAUUAAUAAAGCCUGGUCGCCUUCACUGUCUGCGCUC